AUGAACUGCCAAAAGUGUCGCACUCCCCUCAAGCUGGACAGCUCAUUGGAGGACCUGAAUCCAGCAGCAUAUGACCUGCUCGUGGCCACCCACUCUCAACAAGCGCCCAAGAAAGCUUUGUCCUCCAUCUCCGAAUCAUCGACGACACAUCGAUCCCCACAUGACCGCGAGAGGAGAUCACUCUAUGAAAAGGCGUUGCGGUCAUCACAUCAGCCCAUGUUCAAGAGACAUGCUGGACCGGGUAGAGGAGGAGGGGAUGGCACACAUCGAGACAAUCCGGCAAUGUCAUUUGUAUUGCUCACUGAAUCUCAGAUUGACGCAUCACCUCUCCAAAGGAACAACCGCUCUUCAGCUCAAGACCUACCCUCUGAUACCUAUAACAGUAACAACAAUGCAUCCGAAGAGGACGACAUGGCCAAUGCCCAUCUCUCGGACCAAAUGGAGCGCAUUUCCAAGCUAUUCGAGGUCAUUAGUGCCCGAUCCGACAUCGAUCACCCAAUAUGCAUAGAGUGCUCCGACAUACUGGUGGAAGAAAUGCAAAAGAAGCUUGAAGCCGCCAAUAGGGAGAAGGACGCCUAUGUCAACUAUCUCAAGGAACUGAAAGCCUCUGAGCCCACGGACGAGGAGAUUCGAGCACAAGAGGAGGCCACCCGCAAAGCGAAGCAGGUAGAAAUGGAGUUGCUGGAAGAACUCAAGGCUCUCGAGCAGGAACAGGCCGCGCUGGAGAAAGAGAAGCUAGACCUGGAGGCAGAAAUACGGGAAGUUGACAUCAAGGAGGAAGAGUUCUGGCGAGGGCGGAAUGCGUUCAACACCACUCUGGGCGACUUCCAGAACGAGCGAGACAGCAUCAACAGCAAGUUCGACCACGACUCACGGCAGCUGGAGAAGCUGCAGCGAAGCAAUGUCUUCAACGAUACUUUCUGCAUCAGCCACGACGGCACCUUUGCCACCAUCAACGGCCUCCGUCUCGGGCGCAUGCACAACAUCCCCGUCGACUGGCCCGAGAUCAACGCGGCAUGGGGCCACGCCCUCUUGCUGCUCGUCACUGUGGCGGAGAAGCUCAAUUUCCGCUUCGAAGGGUACGAGCCACAGCCUAUGGGCUCAACAUCGCGCAUCGUGCGCAUCGAACCUGCCUCGACGUCCAUGGCGUCAUCCUUUUACCCUAGUCGACCUGUCGAUGCCAACGCCCCACCGCCGCCAGCUAAGCGGACCGUUCUCGAGCUUUACUCCAGCGGUGAUUUUCCUCUUGGUUUCACAUUUAUUCACCGCAAGUUCGACACCGCAAUGGUGGCCUUCCUUGAGUUGGUGCGCCAGCUGGGCGUCCAUGUGCAGGAACAGACGCGGAGAGAGGGCAAUCCUCUUAGCUUGCCUUAUCAGAUCCAAGGUGACAAGAUAUCAGACGUCUCGAUCAAGUUGGGCGUUCAGCAGGACGAUAGCUGGGCCAAGGCUUGCAAGUUGACGUUGACUUGCUGCAAGUUCUUGCUUGCUCAUGCAAGCAAUGUUAGUGCGUCAUCGACGGCUCGGGCGAAUGCUUUGGGGCUGUAA